UUAUACGCUUUACCAAGGUUUUAUUGACCAAGGAAAGACUGUUUGUUUCAUAAGCAGCAGAUGACGAGGCGACGAGGCAAGUUGUUCAUUCAGACGGACCGUGACAAUGUUCAGUGGAUGGCACCGUGUUGCUAGGGAGCAUGCGUUGUGUGAUCACCGUACGUGAGAGUUGGUACGUGGAUAAGGCUACCUCCUUCCUACUUCAGCACGCACGGCUCACAACAUCCCGGAGCACGCACGGAUGAUGUAGUCACGCUUUGCAGGCUCCAUCCAUGGCACUCGUCCAACAGUUCAACUUUAAUUUGCUCACACCCAUUUUUGGCGUCCAGGCAGUACCUCUGGCGUAAUGGUUCUUGUGCAUUCCGAUGGAUUUCGACACUGGUAGCCUAACCGAACCUGGUACCAACGCCAUUCACUUCCUAACACAUCCAGUACACGUCCAAUCCACCUUAGCAAUCGAUGGCCCCGUAGUAUUCUCCGCAGCCACGGAAUAAUACCAGCAAGCAUGGAGAUACAACCACGGUGACGUAAUGCAAUCGAACAGAGUUUAAUUAACCCUAGUGCAUAAUGUUGAUGUACAAAAAUGAUAACCUUUGUAAAUUAGUACAGGAAUACCAGGGAGCAGGAACUACGCCGUGUACACAGCAUCGCGGUUGAUUUCAAAGACUCACUAAUAGAUACGAGUGAUUCAUUAGAUGCCUUAUAUCGCCAAAGGUGUGUUGAUCAGACAGUACUUCACAGUUGUGAUAAUGAUGUGAGAGGUUUGUGCCAAUUUUACAGUCAACUAAAGACCACUCCUGUGAUAGAGCAUCUGUGGCGAGUGGCUUGGUAGAGACAUCUCUCUCAAGAAGCAAGUUUCUCCGUAGGCUAACAUACCAACAGGAUGCCAGGUACGAAGAAAGAACUUAAGAAGCGAAGAGACUUAAGGAAUGUAAGAAGCUGAGGACAUUGCUGACUCACUAGACACCUGGGCAACCUCCUGGGUGGAGUCAUACACGAAGCCUUCAAGAGGAACCAGUUGGGAGCCAGACGUUAUUUCGAAAUCUGACAUCGACAAUUUAACAUGGAGCUUACGGUAACGGUGGAAACUAUGGAUGCACCGAUGAAUUGUACCGGAGUUAACUGCACUGAUGAGCCGGACGAGGGAUUGUCCAACCUGGAAAUAAUCAAGAUAAUCUGCAUGGCCAUACUGUCCGCAAUAGCUAGUCUAAUAACCAUAUGUGGCAAUGCAUUGGUGAUUGUCGCGUUCUGUCGUGAGAGAAGACUUCGCUGCCUCAGCAACUACUUCAUUAUCAGCAUGGCGUCAGCUGAUGUCAUUAUUGGCGCGUUCUCCAUGCCUUUGUACACAAUGUAUCUCCUGAUUGACCACUGGCCAUUGGGACCAGUGAUAUGCGACAUAUGGCUGUUCGUAGACUAUCUUUGUUGUGGUGCUUCUGUACUCGGUAUCCUUCUAAUAAGUGUUGAUCGUUAUCGGUGUCUGUCUCAUCCAAUGACCUAUCGAAGUGACAUGACCCGUGCGCGUGUCUUGUUCUUAAUUAUAGCCAGUUGGAUCACCACUAUUUUGCUUUUUGGGGUGCCAAUUGUUGGCUGGCAGUUCUUUGAAGGAAAACGUACCGUACCAGCCAAUCAGUGUGAGGUGCAGUUUACCAACGACGCUUUCUUCACUGCUGGUUCCAUCAUAAUGAUCUACUGGUUACCACUUGUCGUGAUUCUUAUCUUGUACAUACGCAUAUACCUCUUAACGAGACAUCUAGUGAAGCGCGAGGCCAGAAUUAUUGGCAGGUUGAGCGUCAGGCACCAUGUUGAACCAGCAGAAACCUCACACAAUAACAAUCACCAUGACAGAAAGUUUUCUUCCGGGGUUAUGCUGGACUCAGAAGAUGAACAAACAGUUUCAUUUCCGACUAGGGACCUGCCAUUACCACCUCAUCCCGAAGAAGACAAUGACGUAUGCGGACGUGCCUCGUGCUCCACACACUACAACAACGGUUGUCGCGUCGACGGCGAGCGGAGGGUCACCCUACCAUCAGAAACAGACGAGUUCUCAGAGAGCGACCGGACCACACAAGCUUCGCAUCGAACCUCAACAAAAGCCAGUCCAAACAGUAAGGAUCACACCAUAGGUAAGACACUGUCAGCCGCUCUGAACAGUUUGAAAGAAGCUAAGGCUGUAAGGACGCUGAGCGCUAUCCUAGGAAUCUUCAUUGUCUGUUGGACUCCGUAUAGUGUUCUAGUCAUUGUCAAAGGCUUCUGUCCUGACUGCGUCAACACCUACCUGUAUGAACUUAGCUACUUUCUCUGCUACAUCAACAGCACAUGCAAUCCAAUGUGCUAUGCGUUUGCCAACAGGGAUUUCAAGAUUGCAUUCAAGAAAAUCUUACUCUGCGACGGACAAAAGUAUGGCUGGAAGGCAAAUCAUUAUUGAGGAAGAUUUAAUCAAUAGACCCAUCCAUUAGGCCCCGCCCAAUUGUUUUCUGACCAGUCACAUUCGUGAUUUAUAAAAUAUGUUCGACAUGCAUGCACGUAUGUAUGAUACGCGCGGCUGAAACAUGUAGAGUGGCGUUCGAGAAGAGCACAUGUUAAAAUGCCAUCCUCGCUUCCAUGGGCUGCGUGCGCGUUAGUUAGAUCGCGCAAGGCAUGGUGGAAACCAACAUGGCGCGGCAAGAUCGUUCUUAUGGGAACGAGGUUGGCUAAACGUCCACGUGCGCAGUUGGCGGGGCUUACUGGAUAUUGUCUGUUAGAAUGGGUGCAUGGCAAUGGUUACUUCCACUUAAAUGUUUGCUAACUGCAAAAAUAUUCUUCGCAAUAUAGUCACGUCUACACUUGUGAAAAAUGUCUGUGUUUUGCAGCAAAUGGUUCUGAUGUAAAUUCAUGUUGAGAAUGUUGAAGGUGCGAACUGUCUCUUUCACUGUGUCCUGACAUAACCUAGAUAGGAAAACAAUUAAGCAUUGAAAUGAGUUUCAUUACUUGCUAUCACAACCAACAAUUAAAGUGUCUUUUUACAAAACCAUGACUAUGAAAAACUUAGGAAAUUAUUCUUUAACAUUCAGUCGAUCAAAGCAAGUUUAAAUCUUAAAGUAUAUAUAGGUUGCCUUUGAAAAAAAGCAUGCAUUCUGCACGUAAUGGCAUUACUAAUGAAAAUGUUUUACACGGAAAAAUCAAUGGAGCUAGCAAAACAGACGGUCAAUCAAUAGGGCUGGCCAGUUAUUAAUGAAAGAUACUAGGUAAUUGUUUUAGUAAUGAACGGUGCUUGCAGUAUAAAACUUACCUCUUAGUAUCUACAUUUCGGUUUGAAAACCUCCCAAUGUUUUGAAUAGUCACACGAGGUCGAUAUUCGAGCGCAUAAAAAACAUUCUGCCCACAGUUAAGGAGUGGUAUUAUGUACUUCCACGCAUUCCUUAAUACGGAUGCAUACAGCUUGUUGGGGGCUUAUUUUCUUUGAUUUAUACAUGUAUUAAGAAAUUGAUUCGUACCAUAAACCGCCUCGAAAACAAUAGGCCUAUGGCUACUGCAUAGAGGUGUAUGCAAGCGAACAACCUGCAAUAAUUAAUCAAAUGUGCAUCCAGAAUAUAAAACCCAGUGGAACAAAAAGUGCACGAUCUGUCAGUUAACUUUGUCCAGGCAGAAUUUUAAGGGAUCACUGAUUCAAAUCGAAGUAGGAUACGGGGGUGAAGUAUAGGAAAUAAAAUAUUCACCGCAUUGCAGAAACAAACUCCACCAAAGGCAAUGGGUGUGGACCUGCGCUUUUUCAUCAAAAAAUCAAUUGUAUGAACACAAAUUUUAAUGUGGUCAGGGAUUUUAAUCCUUCAACACAACUAAACAAAAAUUAUCACGAUACUACUGAGAUUUCACUCACACAAUCAACACAUAUAAAGCGUUGGCAUAGCUUGACCUCAUUCAAGUCGUCAUCCUGUUACGCCCACUUGAGCUGUCCUAGGCGCACGUGCGGUCUAAGUAGAUUCGUUACCUAGUUCCUCACGAACCAACCUCAACAUCCAUUUAUGAAAGAGGAUCCCUACAAGGUAUCCGACUUUUAAGUAUGCCCCCUAUCGUGAAUUAGACUUUUUAAGUUGAUGACAGGGAGGUAAUAUUGUACUGGGAUCAGUAAUGGAGGAGAUAAGAUUGGUUCCUGGGCCAGCCUAUACUCCUGCAACUGCCAUGUUGGACUAGGGAGUAAUUGAAGGGUGUUAACGGAGGAAGGCACUGACUGAUUUGCUGCGAAUUUUUCCCUGCUUUAUAAGCCGCUGAUGGAGCCAGACACUCUUUAUUGGACACGGCGAGGUUGACUACCUUAAGGAUUUGGGAUGCAAAUUUGGUCACGUUUAUUAAAACAGCUGGAAUCAAGUCUUUCAUACCGUCAGCUAGACCAUCAACAUUGACACGGAUGCCUGGAUUCUACUUUCAUUUUCAGUUAAUCAGUCUUAUUUUUGUUCUUGCUAUAUAUUAAAUUAUUCACUGGGCUGAAUUAUUCAAGGAGUUGUGCUUUUAUUUUUGUUACAAACGAAAAUACUUUACGGACGUUGCCUCAUUAUAAGACAGUCGACGGCCAUUAAGAAAAGAGUCGUCAUUAGCUUUAACUUGAAAAUGAUUAAUGAAUUACCAGUUAGGUCACAAUUAAGGCCAAUGGCAUAGCUCAUUUACUGGAAAAUGAACAGACUGAAAAUUUUUAACAGGAAAUGACUCUCGUUGUGCAACAGCUCAACAGCUCAUUUCUGAAAAUCUUUACAUGUAAUAUGGGACUUGUGCAGCAUACCACCACGUAUAUGCAUUAUUCUUAUUAUUCUGCGAUUUGUUUUAUUAGCACACGAACAAAGUGAGAAGAAGUGUGAAUGUCUGUCGAUAAACAAGAUGAAUCGAGGGGUGUUUAUGAUCCGCAUAACACGACCUGUUAGCAGUUGCAACUAGGUACAAUGGGUCGGUUCUUUGUUUUGGCAGUUGUGUUGUUUAGUCUUUGCUUCAAGCCUGUUCAGUUGGACGCCCCACUGACAUGUCACCGAGUAUCCUCUCCCGACAAGGGAAAUUAAACACGCUAAAAUGUAGCAUUAACAAACGGGGACUAUCCGGGACAAGCACUGAUUGAAACUCGUUACAUCGUAAAUUGAAGUGAUUCGUUCUCAAGACACAGGCCUUGUCAUCGUUGUUGGAGGUAGCAGUCAGGUAGAAACUCAAGCAAUCAGCCAAGAAAUUAUCACAUCCGUACACGGGUGCGAAAUGGAAAUUAUGAUGCCUGUCGGAAGAUCGGCCUGAAAAUCAAGAGAGAGCCGACUUCUUAUCGACUCGUUGAUUCAAGCGUUGGAAAAUCGAUCGUAGUUGGCCUAUGCUUAUAUUAAAAAAACCCUCCUAAACCCUGAAAUAACCACUUGGAUGCUACAAAUCACGAUUAGAUUUCCUAAAAAAGAAACGGAUUUCACCUUAUUUAAGGAAAUAAUUUUAACUGAAUAAAAAUGCUCCAAAAUUGUUUUGAAAAAGAUUAUGUGUAUUAACCUAUGUACUAUAUAUACAUUUACACUUGCUUAGCAACUUUGGGAAUGUUUGCAUAUUAUAUCUAAGCAGGUCAAGACAUGAAAUAAACGUUUUGUUUGAUAAUAAGUUGAAGAUUUAAAUAUUCUUUGUCUUUGGCAAAGUGUAGGUACUAUGUUGGCUGAUGUUGGGAGUUAACUCGGUUGGAUACGUUCAGAUCGAAAUGUCUUUCCUGACAGUUAAUGUCUUGUUUUGUCAUUUGAACAACACAUUCCUGCUAAUAACGUAGAACUGAAUUACUAAAUUACGUAAGGGGAUGGAUAUUAUGUAUGGUGAUGCGCUUCCAAAUGCAUAUUUUAUUAUUUCACGAUAAACAACAGCUAAUGUUAGCAAAUGAAAAAUCAAAGAUGAAAUCUGUUGAUUUAACUUAAUGGUCAUGAAUGUAGAAUUUGAUUCACGGGUACUUUUGGAAACUUAAAUUUUAGGUGGAUUGACAUGUACAAUAAAACACGAGUAGGCUAGGAAAAUCACUUGAGUAACAUUCGUGGGAAAUAUUUUUUUCCAAAACCUAGGAUAGAAAAUUCAGCAUUGUUGGAGAAAAAUCAAUAGCUUUUUACCGCGCUCGAAUAUAGUGUGUCCUAGAUGUAGUUGAUUAUUACUACGGUAGUUACAUAGUAUUCUUACAAAUGGUGUCAUUAGGGAGACAUUUUGUGGCAAAUUUUUCGACCUUCGGGAGACAUCGGUCAUUAGGGAGACAUUGCAAUGUCUCUUUAAUGCCCCAUCUACCAGAAGGAGGCCGAAUUUUACCGUCCAGAUUUUGAGAGAUGAUCGAUUAGGGUCUAAAUUGAAAACACACAA